AUGGAUAUCGCCCUCGAAAUUUGGGACACCUUCAUUGGUGAUCGCCUCUACUCUUCUCUCCUCCCUCUGUCGCUCUCCUCAUCGGUAUCAAUUCCUGGCCUAACUACGGCUGUCAACAGCACACUCUCCUUAUUUGGCGCAUCCAAGCCCUAUGUCUAUGAACCGGCCACGCAAUUGUUCUAUCUGGAACCUAGCAAGUACGCCUACAUGAGCGCUUGGCCGAGGAAUAAUAUCUACCGUCAGUUUCUCAGCUUCUUCUUGAUCGUCUGGAUUUUCGGUUUGAUUGUCUACUUCCUCUGUGCAACCCUUUCGUACAUCUUCAUUUGGGACAAGACUACAAUUCACCAUCCCAAGUUUCUCAAGAAUCAAAUCCCAAUGGAGAUUGCACAAACCAUGCAAUCGAUGCCAGUCAUGUCUUUGUUGACUGCUCCCUUCCUGGUCGCGGAAGUCCGUGGCUACGCCAAACUCUACGAUACUUUUGAUGAAGAGCCUUUUCCCUACUAUAGCAUCUUGCAGUUCCCACUAUUUAUCGCUUUUACAGAUCUGUGUAUUUACUGGAUUCACCGUGGCUUGCACCAUCCAUGGAUAUACAAGACACUACACAAGCCUCACCACAAAUGGAUCAUGCCCAGUCCCUUUGCCUCGCACGCUUUUCAUCCGCUUGAUGGCUGGUCGCAGAGUGUCCCUUAUCACGUAUUCCCUUUCAUAUUUCCCCUGCAGAAAGUUGCAUACGUCUUCCUCUUUGGGUUCAUCAAUCUCUGGACGGUGCUGAUUCAUGAUGGCGAAUAUGUGGCCAACAGCCCAGUCGUUAACGGUGCCGCGUGCCACACGAUGCAUCAUCUUUACUUCAACUACAACUAUGGUCAAUUUACUACUCUGUGGGAUCGUUUGGGCGGUAGCUACCGAAAACCGAACGAGGAACUUUUCCGCCGUGAGACCAAGAACGGUCAGGAGGAAUGGAAGCGCCAAACAAAGGAAAUGGAGACGAUUCUCAAGACGGUCGAAGGUGACGAUGACCGAAAGUACUUGGCCGAAGAAGAGACCAAGAAAACCUUGUGA